UCCCCGCCCCUCUCCUCUCCCUCUUUCUGUUGGUCUGAUAGUGUUAUACUUCAUGGUCGUGUCUGUGCCUUAAAUGCAAAAUACAUUUAAAAUCUAUGUAUUAGGCGACAGAUGUCUUGUUAAUUAUAGAAAAUCUAUAUCUACGAGGAUUAAGCACCUCAUUCUGUAGAACACCAACUUGGGAGUGAGAAGGAACUAGAUGGUGAUUAAUGGUUGACUGGUUAUUGUGGCAGUUGGCACCAUGCGUUAUAGUAUAUAUCUGGUUCUAUUCAUUCUCUUAUGCUCUACUUCUCUGCUGUCUGUCACACUCAUAAGGAUAUACUACCACAAAAGGGUGAUCUUACGUUCCUGUUGUAAUGCUACAGGUGAGAUGAUCCUGACCAAUCAGAACACUAAGUCUGGCCAAAAGAUCCACUAUGAGACCAACCAAAAGCUAUUUAAAACGGUUGACAAGAAACUACACAGCAUGCUGCCAAAGGACUUACCUUGGAGCAAUGGUUUGUUGGGUCAUUGUGCCGUGGUGGGAAGUGGAGGAAUCCUGCAGAACAACACCUGUGGAGCAGAGAUAGACCGUGCUGAUUACAUCAUCAGGUUUAACCUGGGUCCGGUCACCAACAGUAAGGAUGUAGGGAACAAAACCCACCUGAUGACCAUCAACCCCAGUCAGAUCAGAAGUUACCGCAACCUGACGAAGGCCCCUCUACCGUUGGCCAAUCGUGUCGCAGCUUAUGGGAACGCCUCCCUGCUCCUGCCGGCAUUCACCUACACAAUCUGUACUAAACCGUCAUUGGAUGUUUACCACGCCCUUCGACCGCUGAGGCCCAAUCAGAAGGUGGUAUUCUUCAACCCCAAUUUCACGCGUAAUCUGGGCAGGAAGUGGAAAGGGCAGGGUUUAAAAGAGCGACGCCUCAGCACCUGGCUGAUGCUGGCUAGUGUGGCCAUGGAACUCUGCAAAGAGGUUCAUAUUUACGGUUUCUGGCCCUUCUCUCUGGAUCUAAACCACAAUCCGUUGCCCCAUCAUUACUAUGACAACGUUGGCCCUAAUAAAGGCGUCCACUCCAUGCCUGAUGAGUUCCUACUGCUACUGAAGCUACACACACAGGGAGUGCUGCAACUACACCUGGGACACUGCUGAACACACACACUCAAACACUCAUGCACGCAUACACACACACAUACUCCAUCUUUAUUGUUGAGUGUUUUAUGUUGAUUUUAAAAAAUAAACAUUUUCAUAAUAUCA